UCAGCCAAUGGGACCCGGGCGGGAGAUUUGAAAGGACCUCGGCGGGGGUGAGGGGGUGCGGCCGGACAGAUUCAGUUGUUGCCAGCGGCCAAGGCACCACGGGUUUCUUUCGGGAUUCUUGCUCCGGGAGAGGCCAGGUGAUCCGGCAGUUCCCUCCCCCUUUCCCUCUACGGAUGGCCCAGAAGGAGAACGCCUACCCCUGGCCCUAUGGCCGGCAGACGUCUCAGCCUGGCCUGAACACCCUGCCCCAGAGAGUUCUCCGGAAGGAGCCUGUCACCCCAUUGGCACUUGUCCUCAUGAGUCGCUCCAAUGCCCAACCCACAGCUGCCCCUGGCCAGAAGGUGGUGGAGAACAGCAGUGGGAACCCCAACAUCCCAAAGCGUUCCUUCACAAUCGAUGACUUUGAGAUUGGGCGUCCUCUGGGCAAAGGCAAGUUUGGAAAUGUGUACUUGGCUCGGGAGAAGAAAAGCCAUUUCAUCGUGGCGCUCAAAGUCCUCUUCAAGUCUCAGAUCGAGAAGGAGGGUGUGGAGCACCAGCUGCGUAGAGAGAUCGAAAUCCAAGCGCAUCUGCAACAUCCCAACAUCUUGCGUCUCUACAACUAUUUCUAUGACCGGCGAAGGAUCUACUUGAUUCUGGAGUAUGCCCCCCGGGGGGAGCUCUACAAGGAGCUGCAGAAGAGCCGAACUUUUGAUGAGCAGCGAACAGCCACGAUCAUGGAGGAGCUGGCAGAUGCUCUGACAUACUGCCAUGCGAAGAAGGUGAUUCACAGAGACAUCAAGCCAGAGAAUCUGCUCUUGGGGCUCCGGGGAGAGCUGAAGAUUGCUGACUUCGGCUGGUCGGUGCACGCCCCCUCCCUGAGGAGGAAGACAAUGUGCGGCACUCUGGACUACCUGCCCCCAGAGAUGAUUGAGGGGCGCACGCACAAUGAGAAGGUGGACCUGUGGUGCAUCGGUGUGCUCUGCUACGAGCUGCUGGUGGGAAACCCGCCCUUCGAGAGUGCUUCCCACAAUGAGACGUACCGGCGCAUCGUCAAGGUGGACCUCAAGUUCCCUCCUUCUGUGCCCUUGGGAGCCCAGGACCUCAUCUCCAAGCUGCUCAAGCAUAACCCCUCAGAACGCCUGCCGCUGGCCCAGGUCUCGGCCCACCCUUGGGUCCGAACCCACUCUCGCAGGGUGCUGCCUCCCUCUGCCCCUCAGUCUGUCCCCUGAAAUGUCCCUGUCCUUUUCUCAGUUGUGUCUGUGUCUGUAUAUGUGUAGUUAGGAGGAGGGGGUCCCUAGUCUGUUUCUGCAUCUGUCUUUUACCUCGUCUUUAUUUAAUAAAGGCUGAAGCUUUUUUUA